CCGAUGGUAUUUAAAAAAAACGAUAUCGUCUAGAACGGUGUUUCCCGAAAGCGCCAACUGUUUCCCGCGAGCGAUUACGCAAACCCUAGUUUUCGCUCGCGCACCCGGUUCCCCAGAUCUCGAGUUUGCCCGGCGAUCCGGCGCGCGCAUAUUGACGAAGAUGUCACCGAUCAUGGCGGCGCGCGGGCAGGGGCUGGGCCAGGGCCAGGGCCAUCAGGUGCAGCAAGAUUUCGACUUCUUCUUGGUGGUGGACUUCGAGGCGACAUGCGAGAAGGACGCGCGGAUCUACCCGCAAGAGAUCAUCGAGUUCCCGGCCGUGCUCGUCGACGGCGCCACCGGCCUCAUCGCAUCCGCGUUCCGCAGGUACGUUCGCCCCAGACACCGGCCUGUGCUGACCCAGUUUUGCAGGGACCUCACCGGCAUCCGGCAGGAGGACGUAGACGGCGGCGUGGAUCUCGGCGAGGCGCUCUGGCUACACGACGCUUGGCUGAAGGCGGCGACGGCGGGGGCGGGGAACAAGGGACGCGUCCGCUUGGCCGUCGUGACCUGGGGGGACUGGGAUUGCCGCACCAUGCUCGAAUUCGAGUGUCGAUUCAAGGGGAUCGAGAAGCCCUCCUACUUUGAUCGCUGGGUCAACCUGAGGGUCCCCUUCCAGGCGGCGCUCGGCGGCGGAGCGCGGGUCAACCUGCAGGAGGCGGUGCGGGCGGCGGGACUGGACUGGGAGGGCCGCUUGCACUGCGGACUCGACGACGCGCACAACACGGCGCGGCUGCUUGCUGAGAUCAUGCGGCGCGGGGUCAAGAUCACCAUCACCGGCUCGCUGGCGCCGCCGCCGCCGCUGCCGAUCCAGAAGCAGCCGCCUCGCUCAAGCCCUUGCGGUGGCUCAUCGGCGCCGGCGCCUCCGCUGAUCCAGCAGCAGCCGCCUCACACAUGGCCUUGCGGUGGCUCAUCGGCGCCACCGCUUUUGCCGGCGAUUCAGCAGCAGCAGCUGCCGCAGCGUCACAUAAGCCCCUGCGGUGGCUCCUCCGUGACGUGCUUGUGCUACUGCGGGGUGGCGACCAGAGGUGGCGUGGUGCCGGUGCAAGCCAACCGCUUCUUUGGGGGCGGCAACUGGACGCCGGCCAUGGUAUAGCUUCGUGUGGACCAGGACCAAAUGAGCGAACGAGCCAUGGCAUGAGACUGAGAUUCAGAAUCCAGUGUAGCUCAGCUGUUGGUGUUGCUCGUGCUAGCCAUCAGUAUCAGAGUCUGAGAUGAUUCUAGAGAUCUCCUGAUUCUACUUUAGUCCUAGUCUGGUGGUCUCACCUCAGCAAUUGAUGUAAUUGGUUUGGAUUAUUAUCAUUAAUACUAGAUUUGUUUUAGUUAA